GCCAGAUCGUGACAGGCUAGCAGCGGCGGACUGUAAACAUGGCGGCGUGCACAGCUACAGGGCUGUGCCGAACACCCCGUUACUAUUAGUCUGAGAGACGGAGACACCCCAAAAAUGGAGACCGAAGAGGAGCAGCACAUAACGACGCUCCUCUGCAUGGGUUUCCCAGACCCCGACGUGAUACGGAAAGCGCUCCGGCUGGCAAAGAACGACAUCAACGAGGCAGUGGCGCUCCUGACGAACGAAAGCCCCGGACUCGGGUAUGGAUAUGAGCCGAUGGAGAGUGGGCCUGCCCCCGGCUUGGGCUCGAGUGGAGACGGGGAAAACAGCGGGCGGACUGGGACGGGAGGGUUUGACCCCCCGCCCGCAUACCACGAUGUGGUGGAUAGCGAGAGGAGCAAUGAUGAGAAUGGGAACUGCUCCGGGGGAAGCAUGGAGUUCCCCACCACCAACCUGUAUGAGUUGGAGAGUCGAGUCUUUACUGAUCAUUGGUCGAUACCUUACAAGAGAGAGGAGUCCCUGGGCAAGUGCCUCAUCGCGUCCACUUGCCUCGCCAGGCACGGUCUCGCUGACGCUGAUGAGAACUGCAAGCGGUUUAUGGAUCGCUGCAUGCCGGAGGCUUUUAAGAAGCUGCUGACCAGCAGUGCAGUACACAAAUGGGGCACAGAGAUUCAUGAGGGGAUCUACAACAUGCUCAUGUUGCUGGUGGAGCUGGUUGCAGAGAGGGUCAAGCAAGACCCCGUACCAGUAAACCUGAUGGGAGUCUUGACUAUGGCCUUCAACCCUGAUAAUGAGUACCAUUUUAAGAACCGGAUGAAGGCCUGUCAAAGGAACUGGGCUGAAGUUUUUGGAGAAGAAGCCAACAUGUUUGCUGUCUCUCCCAGCAACACCUAUCAGAAAGAGCCUCAUGGUUGGCUGGUUGAUCUGGUGAAUCGAUUUGGAGAGUUGGGAGGAUUCACUGCCAUCCAGACUAAGCUCAACACCGAGGAAAUUGAGAUUGCCUGUGUAUCAGCUCUGGUCCAGCCUCUUGGAGUUGGUGCAGAAUACCUAAACUCCAGCCUUGUCCAGCCCAUGCUUGAUCCAGUCAUCCACAAGAUGAUUACAUAUGUACAGAACCUGGAGGAAAAGGAUCUUAAAGACAAGCGUCUGGUAAGCAUCCCAGACCUGCUGUCGGCCAUCAAGCUGUUGUGUAUGAGGUUCCAGAGGGAGCUGGUUGCUGUGGUGGAUGAUCUGCGGCUAGACACACUUCUGCGCAUGCUCAAAACCCCCCACUUCUCCACCAAGAUGAACUCUCUCAAAGAGGUGACAAAGUUAAUAGAAGAGAGCACGGUGUCUAAGACGGUGAAAAACGCCAUUGACACAGAUAAACUGCUAGACUGGCUUGUAGAGAAUUCAGUCCUAUCAAUAGCACUAGAGGGUAACAUUGAUCAAGCUCAGUACUGUGAGAGGAUUAAGGGAAUCAUUGAGCUGCUGGGGAGUAAAUUGUCACUGGAUGAACUCUCUAAGAUCUGGAGAAUACAGGCGGGCCAGUCAUCAACUGUGAUAGAAAACAUUCAUACAAUCAUUGCUGCUGCUGCUGUGAAGUUCAGCUUUGAUCAACUUACCCACCUCUUUGUGCUCAUUCAGAAGAGCUGGGAGGUUGAGAGCGACCGUGUGAGGCAGAAGCUGCUCAGUCUGAUCGGGAGGAUCGGCAGAGAAGCUCGCUCUGAAACUACAACUGGGAAGGUGCUGGAGGUGCUGUGGGAGUUGGCCCAUCUCCCCACCCUGCCUACCAGUCUAGUUCAGCAGGCGUUGGAGGAGCACCUGGGGAUCUUGAGCGAUGCCUAUGCUGUCAAGGAGACGGUGAAACGCAGUUACAUCAUUAAAUGUAUUGAGGACAUUAAGAAGACUCACACUCAGGAGGACAGUAAAGGCAACGACACUCAAAGCUCAUUUCUUACUGGCACUUGGGGCAAGAAGAAAUCUAACUCUUUGGCCAAAGUGUCGCAACAGGCUUCUCAGCAGAGCAGUCCUCAGGCAGUCUGGGUUGUUCCUGCUCUCCGUCAGCUGCACGAGAUCACCCGUUCUUUCAUCAAGCAGACGUAUCAAAAACAAGACAAGAGCAUCAUCCAGGACCUGAAGAAGAACUUUGAGAUCGUCAAACUGAUCACGGGAUCCCUUGUGUGCUGCCAUAGACUCGCCGUGACCGCUGCGGGAAAUAAUGGACUGUCGGGCUCAACCCUGGUGGAUGGACGAUACACCUACCAGGAGUAUCUGGACAGCCACCUGCGCUUCCUGGCAUUCUUCCUCCAGGAGGCCAGCCUCUACCUGGUCUGGAACAGGGCGAAAGAGCUCUGGGAGUGCCUGGUGUCGGGGCCAGACGUCUGUGAACUUGACCGUGAGAUGUGUUUUGAGUGGUUCACCAAAGGACAACAUGACCUCGAGAGUGAUGUUCAGCAGCAGCUCUUCAAGGAGAAGAUCUUAAAACUUGAACCCUAUGAGAUCACUAUGAAUGGAUUUAAUCUGUUUAAGACCUUCUUUGAGAAUGUUAACCUGUGUGAUCAUCGACUGAAACGCCAAGGAACGCAGCUGUGUGUGGAGCGCCUUGACCUGGCAGGGAUGGAUUUUAUCUGGCGCAUCGCCAUGGAAACCCCUGAUGAAGAGAUAGCCAAUGAAGCAAUCCAGCUCAUUAUCACAUACAGCUACACCAACCUCAAUCCCAAAAUGAAGAAGGAUUCUGUAUCUUUGCACAAGAAGUUCAUUGCUGAUUGUUACAAGAGACUAGAAGCAGCCAGUUCAGCCCUGGGUGGGCCUACUUUGACACACGCUGUUACUAGGGCAACCAAGAUGCUGACGGCUACCGCCAUGCCGACUGUGGCCACAUCUGUACAAUCACCAUCCAGGUACAGAGGGGGGUUUGGAUCCACUAAGCUGGUAAUAAUCGAAAGACUGCUGCUAUUGGCUGAACGCUACGUCAUCACUAUAGAGGAUAUGUACUCAGUUCCGCGCACUAUUCUACCUCACGGGGCCUCAUUCAAUGGACACCCUAUCACUCUUCACAUCACCUAUGAGUCAACCAAAGACACUUUCACCUUAGAGACCCACAGUAAUGAGACAGUAGGAAGUAUCCGAUGGAAGAUAUCUGAGCACUUGAGCUGUCCGGUGGACAAUGUCCAGAUCUUUGCCAAUGAUAGUGUGUUGACCAUGAAUCGGGACCAGAAGCUGCUGUCCCAGCUUGGCUUCAACGAUGAGCAGAGCUUGACUGUGAAGAGCUCAGGCACUGGCACUCCUUCUGGCAGCUCCGAGUCCUCAGCCUCUGCCUCCAGCAGUUCCAGCUCUGCCGUCUUCAACUCGGCCUACGCCUUGGAGCAGGAGAAGUCCCUGCCUGGUGUGGUGAUGGCUUUAGUGUGUAAUGUCUUUGAGAUGCUUUACCAGCUGGCUAACCUCGAUGAAUCCAGGAUCACCCUUCGUGUGAGGAAGCUGCUGCUGCUGAUCCCAACAGACCCAGAAGUGCAGGAUGCUCUUGACAACUUUGUUCCCAAAGAAUCCAGCGUCUGGAGCCACCAGAAGACACUGUUCACCCUGGGCCAGGGUACAGGCUCUCGGUCCCCAUCUAUGGGGUCCAAGCAGCAGCACCAGCCCAGUGCUGCAUCCAUCUUGGAGUCCCUGUUUAGAUCGUCGGCACCUGGCAUGUCCACCUUCAGAGUGCUAUACAACCUGGAGGUGUUGAGUUCAAAGCUAAUGCCCACAUCUGAUGAUGAGAUGGCCAAAACCAGCAGCAAGUCCUUCUGUGAGAACUUCCUCAAAGCAGGAGGUCUCAGUCUGGUGGUGAAUGUUAUGCAGAGGGAUUCCAUCCCAUCAGAGGUGGACUACGAGACCAGACAAGGAGUGUACUCAAUCUGUCUCCAGUUGGCCAGGUUCCUUCUAGUUGGUCAGAGCAUGCCUUCAGCACUGGAUGAUGAUGUCAUCAGAGAUGGCGAGGCGCUGUCAUCCCGUCCGUUUCGUAAUGUGGGAAGGACUGGGCGACAGCUGUCUCUUUGUGGAACUCCAGAGAAGUCCUCCUACAGACAGAUGUCUUUAUCUGAGCGCUCGUCCAUAAGAGUGGAGGAGAUCAUACCUGCUGCUCGCGUAGCUAUUCAGACCAUGGAGGUGGGUGACUUCACCUCCACUGUGGCCUGUUUCAUGCGUCUGACCUGGGCGGCUGCAGCCGGCCGAUUGGAUCUGGUUGGCAGCCCACAGCCAAUCAGAGAGACCCACAGUUCACUUCUGCUGCAGGGAGUCCGCACCAGAGUCAGCAGUACAGGAAGUAACUGCAGCUCCAGCAGUGAGGGCGAGACCAUACCAACAGCGCUGCAUGCAGGGAUAUGUGUCAGACAGCAGAGUGUCUCCAUCAAAGAUGCCAUCAUCGCCCGUGAGGCUCUGUCACUGCUGGUUACCUGUCUGCAGUUACGCUGUCAACAGCUAUGUUCUUUUUACAACCUUCCCUCCGUCAAUGAUUUCAUCAUCGAUAUUCUGCUUGGAUCUCCCAGCGGAGAGAUCCGCCGUGUGGCUUGUGAUCAGCUGUACACUCUCAGCCAAUCUGACACUUCAGCCUUUCCUGAAGUCCAGAAACCCAACUUGUUCCUCCUCUCAGUCAUUCUCACUGCUCAGCUGCCGCUAUGGAGUCCUACGUCUGUCAUGAGAGGAGUCAACCAGCGGUUGCUGUCCCAGUGCACUGAGUACUUUGACCUAAGAUGUCAACUUCUGGAUGACCUAACCACGUCAGAGAUGGAGGCGUUAAAAGUGAGCGCAGCCACCAUGCUGGAGGACGAGAUCUCUUGGCUCGACAACUUUGAGCCCAGCUGGAGCUCCGAGAUGGAGACCAGCGAGGCGGACAACAUCCUCCUGGCUGGACACCUCCGACUCAUCAAGACCUUGCUCUCACUCUGUGGCAAUGAGAAGGAACAUCUCGGUCCAUCUCUGAUCCAGCAGUUGUUGGAUGACUUCCUGUUUCGAGCCUCUCGCAUCAUCAUCAACAGUUCUAACCCCACACCUGCCCCAGCACCCAGCCAUGACUUCCAUCCCAAGUGCAGCACAGCCAGCAGCAGACUGGCAGCCUACGAGGUGCUGGUGAUGCUGGCAGACAGCUCCCUCUCAAACCUCCGUCUCAUCACUAGAGAGUUACUGUCCAUGCACCACCAGUCUGAUCCCUCCCUCUGCAAGGAGUUUGAUUAUCUACCCCCGGUAGAGAGCCGAUCAGUCUCAGGUUUUGUUGGACUGAAGAACGGAGGAGCCACAUGUUACAUGAAUGCUGUGUUCCAGCAGCUCUACAUGCAGCCAGGCCUGCCAGAGGCUUUCCUGUCCAUUGAGGAUGACACAGACCAGCCAGAGGAGAGUGUCUUCUACCAGGUCCAGUCUUUGUUUGGACAUCUGAUGGAGAGCAAACUUCAGUACUACAUACCUGAGAACUUCUGGAAGAUCUUCAAGAUGUGGAACAAGGAACUGUAUGUACGAGAACAGCAGGAUGCGUAUGAGUUCUUCACUAGCCUGGUGGACCAGCUUGAUGAACAUCUCAAGAAAAUGGGUCGAGAACAGAUCUUCAAAAACACAUUUCAGGGAAUCUUCUCUGACCAGAAGAUUUGUAAGGACUGCCCUCACAGGUACGAGCGUGAAGAAACAUUCAUGGCAUUGAACCUUGGAGUGACUUCUUGUCAAAGUUUAGAGAUCUCAUUAGACCAGUUUGUCAGAGGAGAGGUGCUGGAGGGCAGCAACGCCUACUACUGUGAGAAAUGCAAGGAGAAGAGAACCACAGUGAAGAGGACGUGUAUCAAAUCCCUGCCCAGUGUUCUCUGUAUUCACCUCAUGCGCUUUGGCUUCGACUGGGAAAGUGGACGCUCCAUCAAAUAUGAUGAACAGAUUAGGUUCCCCUGGGUGUUGAACAUGGAGCCCUACACCGUCUCUGGAAUGGCUCGUCAAGACUGCAGCGGAGAGGGCGGCGAAGGGCGAGGCGAUGGGACAUCAGGAGGGUCACCCAGGAAGAAAGUCACGAUUUCUGAGAACUAUGAACUUGUGGGAGUUGUUGUCCACAGUGGUCAGGCACAUGCCGGACACUACUACUCCUUCAUUAAAGAUAGGCGGGGCAGUGCUCGGGGACGUUGGUACAAGUUCAAUGACAAUGUGGUGGAAGAGUUUGAUAUGAAUGAUGAAACUCUGGAGUACGAGUGCUUUGGAGGAGAGUACCGCCCCAAAGUCUAUGACCAGUCCAACCCAUACCCUGAUGUGCGGAGGAGAUACUGGAACGCCUAUAUGUUGUUCUAUCAGAAGAUCAGCGACCAGAACUCACCUGUCCUGCCCAAAAAAAGCAGAGUCAGCAUCAUGAGACAGGAAGCUGAGGACCUUACACUGUCUGCCCCGUCCUCUCCUGAUGUGUCCCCACAGUCCUCUCCUCGCCCCCCAAGGGCCAACAACGACCGUCUCACCCUCCUCACCCGCCUGGUCCGCAAGGGGGAGAAGAAGGGCCUGUUUGUAGAGAAGAUGCCCGCCAGCAUCUAUCAGAUGGUGCGAGAUGAGAAUCUCAAGUUCAUGAGGAACAGAGAUGUCUACAACAGCGACUACUUCAACUUCACCCUCUCUCUAGCCUCUGUCAAUGCAACAAAACUGAAGCAUCAAGACUACCAGCCUAUGGCCAAAGAGAGUCUCCAGCUGGCUGUUCACUUUCUCUUCCACACCUACCUUCACACCAAAAAGAAACUCCGGGUGGACACAGAGGAGUGGAUGGCCACAGUGGAGGUGUUGCUGUCUAAGAGCAGUGAGGCUUGUCAGUGGAUGGUGCAGUACCUGGUUGGACCAGAGGGGCGAGAGAUCACCAGGGUUUGCCUGUUGGAGUGCAGCUUGAGGGAGGUCAGGGUGGUGGUCGCAUCUGUCCUCGAAAAGACCCUGGAGAGCGCGCUUCACUUUGGAGACCCGGGAUUGGACAGUUUGACCGACGCCCUGCUGUCCUUAUUGGACAAAGAUGUCCCUGAGAAUGUGAAAAACUGUGCGCAGUACUUUGGCCUCUUCAGUAACUUCGCUCAAAGGGGUUGUGGUCCUUGUCAGUUGUUGUUAAAACACUCAGCUUAUCGCCGGAUGCUCAUCUUCCUGUUUGGACCUAAUAGGCAGAGCAACCAGAACCGGAGGUGGAGUCCAGCACAGGCUCGGGAGUUCCUUCACCUCCACAGCACUCUGGCCCUCAUCACAUUGCACUCUGACCUCAGCCCGCAGCGGACGCAAGCUCCAGGAGGGUUUAAGCUGCGUGUGAGCAAUGUCCCAUCUUCUACCCCACUCCUCCCCCUCCACACGGAUAUCCUGACCUCACUCUUCACUCCAGAGGGACAGCCUUACCUUCUAGAGGUGAUGUUUGCCAUGCGUGAGUUGUCCGGCCCGCUGUCUCUCCUGAUAGAGAUGGUGACCUACUGCUCGUACUGUAAUGAGCCCUUCUCCCUGGGUGUGCUGCAGCUACUCAAGACCCAGCUGGAGACGGCUCCACCUCAUGAACUGAAGAACAUUUUUCAGAUGCUGCAGGAGCUGCUAGUAGUGGAAGACCCUCUGCAGUCUCAGAGACUCAAGUAUGCUUUUGAGUCAGAGAAAGGCCUGUUAGCCUUGAUGCACCAGAGCAACAAUAUGGACAGCAGACGCUGCUACCAGUGUGUGAAGUUCCUGGUUACAUUAGCCCAGAAAUUUACUGAGCAACAUAAUUCUGAGCCACCUUUUAAUUUUCCUACCAGGUGUCCUCCAGCCAAGGAUUACUUCAAGGACUUGUCUGGUCACUGGAGCUGGGCAGUGCAGUGGCUACAGAAAAAGAUGACAGAACAUUACUGGACUCCACAGAGCAACGUCUCCAAUGAGACAUCCACCAACAAAACCUUCCAGCGCACUAUCUCUGCACAGGAUACCUUGGCCUAUGCCACAGCAUUGUUAAACGAGAAGGAGCAGUCUGGCAGCAGUAAUGGCUCUGAUGGCAGCCCAGCAAAUGAAAACGCGGACCGCAGCCUCCGACAGGGGUCGGAGUCUCCCAUGAUGCUCGGCGAUUCAAAGAGCGAUCUAGAGGAUGUUGACCCCUAGCUCCUCCAACCAGCAGGAUCCCUCCGAAGGAGAGGCGGCACAGCUCCAGGCAGCCGGUCGACAGGGCUGCACUUCGCCUCUGAUUGGCCGGGACAUUUAGGACUCCACAACAAGCCAAUCAGAAUACUUAUUCUCUCGGUCGCUACGGCAACGAAGGAGCUAUGAAUAAAUCAGAAAUUACUUCCUUUCAGAGCAGCCAAGGCGAUGAUGGAGAUGCAUUAUCAUUAAGGGCAGCAGAGUUGAUUACGGUGGGAAGUUCAAAAACCCUCCACAAUCACGGAUGACUUCAGUUUAUCCUUUUAUUCAUUCAUUCACUCAGAAUGACAGCAAGCUGGAGGAUGGGUUUGGGUUGUGUUUUAACAAUUUUCUGCUCAUAUUUGCCAAUGUAUCUACAUAGACAUAUUCAUAUUGUAAAGAUUUGUUCCAUAGAUGUAAUUUCCAGUGUAAGAUAAUAUUUUAAAGUCUCCUGUGCCCUUCUCCACAGCCAUGCAAACUGCAAGGGGUCACGUUAGCUGCUCUAGGGGAACUUACAGACACACGUGCACUUGUACAGGAACACCUCCACACAGGAGCACUUGGGAGGGGGUGGGGUUCAGCAUGCACUUUAUAGUCCAGCCCAGUCUAUUGUGACGUACAGCAGCUCAAGUCAGUUCCUCUAGAGCCCCCUCGUGCUAAUGUCCUCCCCUUCUUUUGCUUUUAAUAACUUUUGUUUUCAGUGCCACUUACACAGAUACAUGGAAGCCCUGAUAGCAAGCCACUCUGCCUGUGACUUAACCUCUGACCCCUGGCUACCACAGUGUGGCCUUGGGGAUGCAGUAUGGGGCCGGCCCUGUCCUAGAAACAGGACUGAUCCAGGCCCUGAGCAAAUCUGAAACAAGCAGUGCCAUGGUCAGCACUCUCCCUCUACUACUACUACUUCUUCUUCUUCUUCUUUUUCUUCUUCUUCUUGCUGGAGGCAGCCUCAUGUGCUGGAUUUUUAUUCUUUUCAUUGCUGUGUUUUAUUUCCUUUUGCCACUUUUCUUUGACUCUGGGUGGAUUGAAUAUUGGGGAGGAUGUUUAGGGACUCAAGCCUUAUGCAAGAAAAGCUGACCUGGAAGUGCACAGAUCAGCUGUGGUGGGCCACCAGUGCCAACUGAGGGGGAGCUCAGGAGUAUGUUUUAUUUUUAGGUGCCAAGGUUACACAAACACAAAGAAUAACACACUAUGAAUAGAACCUGUGAAAAACAUGGAAACUUGUGUCACUCAUUCACUUCGCUCACAAAGAUAAAGAACAGGUCCUCCUCACCUCACUGUUACCUCUGCUUUA